UAUGAACACUUUUGGUCUCGCAGCCACACCGUUAAGGGGUUAGCGUUGAUGAGCUCACGUGACCUCCGCGGGUCCUGUUUGUAAUGAAACCAUGUGAACUUGUACUGGUACUGCACCUUUUAAAAAAUAAACGAAGCAGCAUCUGCGUCUGUCUAUCAUUUAAAAAAUGACUGAGAAAUACCAGGACCCGCUGAGCUAUUUUGCAGGUUGCGGCAGCAGCUCUGAGUCGGAAAGCAGCGAUUCUGAUGAGGAAAGUAAGACUUCGGCGGGGAAUAAGAAUAGGAAUACCGCUGGAGCCGCACAACAAGGGAGUAAACGACCUGCCGGUGGAUGUGCCGCUUUACCUAAACCGGAUGAACUGUUUAAAUCUGUGUCAAAACCUUCCUUCUUGUAUAAUCCGCUCAACAAGGAAAUAGACUGGGAACGACACACAGUGAAAGCGCCGGAAGAACCAGCAAAGGAAUUUAAAGUAUGGAAGACCAAUGCUGUGCCCCCACCAGAGUCAUACACCACAGCACAGAAGAAAAGUGCGGCCCCAGGAAUGGACAUGGCAAUCAAGUGGUCCAACAUGUAUGAGGACAAUGGGGAUGAUGCCCCACAGCCUGCAGGGGAGCAGGCCCAGUUUCUACCUCCGGAUGAAGAGCCCUCUGAAUCAGAUGAUGAUGACAAAGAUGAGCCUUCCUCUGCUAAGAAGCGGAAAGUGGAAACCUUUCAGCAGAAGGAGAAAAGGAAACGUGAAGCAGGGCAAGCCAGCACAGAGCAGAGCUUUGUAGAGGAGGAGAAAAGGGUUCUCCGACAAAGUUUUAAUUCUUAGCACUUGGAGACCAACAGGACUGUAGCCUGAGAGCGUGGGCACAUGUUGACCUGCUUGUGAGACUAACUGCAGGAUUACAUUUCAUUUUGUAAGCGUUCUUACAGUAUGUAGGUGUGAAACAUACAAGGACUGCAUUGGCCUGCAUGCUCUAUUUGCAAACAUUAUUUCAAGAGAAGCCGUUUUAUUAUACGCACCUUUUGAAAUAAAAAAAGUUUAACUUUGUUUUUUUAAAUAAAUAGAAGAAGGUAUAUAUUGUUGAUUUUAAUGCAUGAUUGAUCAUGAAACCGGCACAACAAAUACUUUGGGGUUUUGUAUCAAGAAGCAGAGUUUGGUUCCUUUCAACCGCUUCCAACUUAAAGGAGCUGACACAAUAAUUCCAGUAAGUCUUACCCAAUAUGAACCAUCCCUUCCUUGGUCUCAUAUGUCACUAUUAUGAUACCUAUUAUAGCUUAUUUUUUGUAGCCAUUAAUGAACAAUAAUUUGCUUACUGCUCUUGUACAUUUCUGUGGUGUGAAUGCAGACAUUGAAAACAUGAGACAUACUGUAUGUAAUUGGUUACUUAUAUAUAGGUGCCUUUCAUGUAGGAAAAUGUGAAACCUAAGUGAUGGAAAUUCACAAUAUUGGAAUGCUUUUGUUAACUCUGUUCUUUAGCAAAAGCGCACCUGAGUGUAAGAAGUCAUUAAUUCAUUGUGGCUGUACAGCAAGCUGUCUCUGCAGUGUUUCCAUCCACAACACUGUACUGUAUACUGUAUUUGAGUUUUUUUUAAAUCUUGUAGCACAGAAUACUGAUAUACUGUAACAUUAGAGGAUUGGUUGCACUAUCAGAGGUUGUAUUUGUAUUCUGUCUGGGGCUGUCUGUUUUUUCCAGUUCAGACAUGGUAAAUGUUUCCUUGUUUUUAUAUGCAUUUCAUUGUUGAUCGAUCAAUUGUACUUCAGAUCCCAUCACUAAAUAACACAUUUUAUAACACGUGUUUUGGAAUUCCCCGGCAUAUUUAAUCAGAUUCGAUGGUUGAUGCUCUUAAUAGUAAUAAAAAAACUAGCGAAAACAAGGCAACAGAAUUAUUUAACUGUUCCCAAAGGACAGUCUAAGUUGCUUCUUGCUAGUUACUUGCUAGUAUAUUUCUGUUUUGUAAGGUCAGAAAUAAUUGGGUGUACAUUUUAUAUCGUUUUGAAUCAAUGUUGUACAUUUGAUAAGCAAAGCAAAUACUGUUUAGCUGUAAUGGUGACUGGUAGGACAUUUACCUUUUUUUUUACAAACCAGUAACUCCAGGAUUUCACAUUUUAUAUAUAUAUAUAAUUACAGUUGUAGCCAAAAGUUUACAUACCCCAAUGGAAAUUUAUAAUUUUUAGAAAUUUCUCGAAAACAAACAAUUUUAACAAAAAUCAUUUGUAGCAAAAGUUUUGCUUUUGGGGAUGAGGAAAACUAAAGUAACAAGAAAUAGAUGUCUACAAUUAUUUAUUUCAGCAAUUCAAAAGUGUUCCUACCCUGACAAGGAAAAUGAAAUGAAUAGCUAGUUGAGGCACCUUUAGCAAUAAUAAUCUCUUUUAAACGAUUAGGAUAUUUGUCAAUGAGCUUUUGCCAUGAUUCUUUAGUGAUUUUAACCAUUCUUCAACACAAAAUUGUUCCAGUUCAUUCAAAUUCCAAGGACUUCUCUUCUCUUUAACUCAUACCAAAGAUUCUCAAUCGGAGAGUUUUUUGUAGCGGAGGGUUUCAGAUGAUUGGCCUAUAUCUUUUAGUAUGCUAUGGAAUCCAUUUUACCAAGUAUUGGAACUAAAUUUCCUGUGCCAUUAGAGGAAAAACAGCCCCAUAGAAGGAUAUUACCACCUACAUGCUUGACAGUAGGUAUGGUGUUCUUUUCUCACCAGACUUUCUCCAAAUGUAAUGACAGUGUGACCAAAUAGCUCUUUUUGUUUCAUCACACCACAAAACCUUUGACCAGAACUCAUAUCCAUCAUUCAAAUGCCGUUUUGCAAACCUUAAGCGAUUGUCCUUGUGAUGUUUUCAUAAGAGUGGCUUUUUCCUUGGCCUGCGACUAUCGAGACCUUCACCAUGCAAUACUCGGUGGUUGAAAUGGAAACCCCAGUCCCACGUGCAGUCAGUUCACUUUGAAUAUCUUUGGCAGUCAGUCUCAGAUUGUUAGUAACCUUCCUCGCAAUUCUUCUGCGUGUUCUUGGUGAAAUAACCUUCUUUCUUCCAAACCAAGGGAGCGUUGUGACAGUACCAUGAGUCUUGUACUUCUUGAUAAUAGAAACAGUAGUUGAAAUUGAGAUACGCUGAUGCUUAGAAAUUUUCUUGUAACCUUCUCCAGCUUUGUGAUAAUAAAUAAUUUUCUGCCUAA